AUGUCUGCUUCAACCCAAUAUCCCGCCAACCUGGCAGAAUAUCAGCAAUCCUGUCCUUCUUCGGAAACAACAACUGGUGAACUGAGCUACACGGACUCUUAUUACUAUGGACUGUCAGACCAGUAUUCCUCGUGUCCGAGUUCAGAGACUUGGGACAACUACCGCCCCGUGGAUGUCCCAAUUCGUGACGAUUCCAACUACAGAGGACGCACAAUUAAUUACUAUAUUGUGACCCCAAACUGUCCACAUUGUCACCAUGUUCUGCAACUUCAUCAAGUAAGCCAAGGUGAGCUUUACAGGGUUGCUAAUGAACAAAGGGCUUAUCAAGAACAGCUCUACAAUGGAAAAAUCCCAAGAGAUUAUUACCCUCAGACUGGAUACAAUUAUCCACCGCCCCAGGCCCCUCACCCAUACCAAAGCUACUAUAAUCACCAAUAUGGGUACUCAGGUGGGUAUUCGUAUGGACCACAGGAACAGCAGAAUUAUGGUCAACAACAAACUUACACCCAGGAACCUUCUUUGAAUUAUCAAAGCUAUCCCGUUCAACAGCCUGCUGCUGAAAUUACCCAAGUGAUUCCCAAUGGAGAAUGUGAAUAUUACAACUACCCUCCAGUCCAGUCACUUCAGACACCCAGUACUCAAACAGUAAAGUGCCAGCUUGCUCAGGAGUCCCUUCUUCCAAUAAGUUCCCAGCCGCUUCCGAAAAAGGUAGACUGGAGCUAUACACCUAGAAAGUCUACUGCUGAAUCAGGAAGCAAUACAAAGUCGUCAAAGUUUUGCUGGAAGUACCUUGAGGAUCCAUCAUUUUCGUUGCCAAAUCCGAGGCGUAUGCAGCCUUCGAUUUUUGAAGUUUUAGCCAAUGCUGACGAAAAGAAGGAUACCGAGGAAUCUAACCUUCCUUGUGAUCAGGAGAACGGUGAUGAUCUGAGUAACAGUCUGUCUUCUGAUGAGUCUGAUACAGAUGAUUCUGAUAACGACGCAGAUGAUACCUCGGAAGUUCCUGAGGAAUAUAACGACGAGAACCUUGAUCCUGCUACUUUGGACGAUGAAGAACUCAUGGCCUAUCAGAGCUACAAGAUUUCCAGAAUGUUUGGCUAUGAUACAGAGUCCGCUGAGGUUGAGGCGGAGACUGAUAGAGUCACACAAGCAACGGAAAAUUUGGAGAUUAAUGGGUCCACUAAUGGAAAUGAAGCUCAUGAUGAAGCCUCUAAGGGGAGUGAAAAUGAGCAGAGUUCUGUUUCGAUGAAUAGGCAUCACCAGCGGUCCCUGAACGGCAGUAAGUUGUAA